CCUGGUCAUCAGUGUAUCCCAAGUAGGAACCAAUUGUACCAUACUUUGUUUCUAUACGUACACAUUUGAAGAACGUUCGCAUAGCAGCUUAGUGUUGGGUAUGAAACACUCGAUACAUUCACAGAACCCUUGAUUUUUUAAAAAGGCGCUCUGCCCCCUGAUUGGUUUUUUAAUUGUUGUCAUUGGGGGAACACAAGUUGCUUGGCAGCCAUGCCAACGGUGGUUCUGAUGGACGCGUCUCUGUCCAUGACCCGGCCAGUGGCACUGGAGGGUAGCGAGGAGUUUCAGAGGAAGAACCUGGCUAUUCAUGGGCUCACCAUGCUGUUUGAGCACAUGGCCACCAAUUAUCGCCUGGAGUUCACUGCACUGCUGGCUUUCUCCUCUCUCUGGGAGGUCAUGGUGCCCUUCACCAGGGACUACAACACUCUGCAGGAGUCCCUAAGCAAUUUGGAGGAUUAUGAUAAGACCUGCCUAGAGUCUGCCCUGCAGGGUGUCAGCAACAUCGUGCAGCAGGAGUGGGGCAGUGCCUGCCCCUGCCAGGUGGUGCUGGUGACGGACGGGUCCCUGGGGAUUGGGCGUGGCUCUCUGCGCCACUCCCUGGCCACCCUGAAGCACCGCGGGGAUGACAAGAAGUUCCCGCUGCCCUUCCCUUUCCCGGCCAAGCUGUACAUCAUGUGCAUCGCUAAUGCAGAGGAGCUCCAGAGCAGUGACACUCUGGAGAACCUGGAGCAGUUGCUGAUCCUGAGUGCAGGAGGGGGCCAAAUUUUCACCAUGGAAGGGCCGCUGUGCCUGAAGAGUGUGCAGUCCAUGUUUGGGAAGCUGAUUGAUCAGGCGUACACACCCUUCCACGCCGUGCUGCGCUGUGGAAACCUGUCGUCAGACGUGCAGGUGUUCCCCCGCCCGGAGCCAGUGGUGAUCGAUGAAGAGGUGGAUCCCACUCCCAGGAACAUCCUCACAGACCUGGAUUUAGUGGGCUUCAUCGAGAUUGGUGAUAUUUCAAGCCCCCCUGUCUUGUCUAGACACUUGGUAUUGCCCAUCGCUGUGAACAAAGAGGUGGACGAGGUGGGCGCUGGGACCGCUGACGACACAGAAGAGGAGAGUUCAAGCAAUCAGAUGGCGGGAAAGAGCCCAAACUUCUGUGUCCUGCUGCACGGUAGCUUGAAAGUUGAGGGCAUGGUGGCCCUGGUACAGUUGGGACCCGACUGGUACGGCAUGCUGUACUCGCAGGCCGACAGCAAAAAGAAGUCCAACCUGAUGAUGUCGCUGUUUGACCCCGGCUCAGAGCCGCUGCCCUGGCUGGGGAAGAUAUCGCAGCUCGGGCCCACGUCAGACGCGAAGGAAAACCCUUACGGAGAGGACGACACUAAGAGCCCCUUCCCCCUGCAGCCCAAGAGCAAGCGCAGCUACGCACAGAACGUGACUGUGUGGAUUAAACCCAGCGGCCUGCAGCAUGCCGUUCUACAGACAGAUGUGCAGAAGAUCCUGAGGAACGCCCGGAAACUUCCAGAAAAGACACAGACUUUCUACAAGGAGCUGAACCGCCUGCGCAAGGCGGCUCUGGCCUUCGGUUUCUGGGAGCUGCUGAAGGGCGUGGCCGAGCUGUUGGAGAGGGAGUGCACUCUGCUGCCUGACUCCGCCCACCCCGACGCUGCCUUCCAGCUGUCCCACGCCGCCCAGCAGCUCAAACUGGCCAGCACCGGGGACCCUCAGUACGCCGGCUUCGAGCACAACAUUACCCCCAUGGUGACGGACUUCUCUGGGGGCGACAGGGACAGGAUGUAGGGCAGUAAAGAGGGGGAAAGGUACGAUGCCCUGUGUAAAUGGGCCUCCUCCUCCCGUAAAAUCCUGCCAAUAAGCGGACUAUGAACAAGGUUUGUUCACCUGUGAAAAUGGUGACAUGCUGUGAGUGUGUGAAAGUGAGAGGGAGAGAGGGGGUAUGUAAGUGUGGCCUGUUACCUUUUUAAGGGGUCGUUGUGACUCCUGACUGACAGUAGGUCACUGAAGGUCUUCAGAUGAGAACUGGUUUUUAGUACAGAAGAGUGUUGCUUUGCGCAUCAGGGACCGUGCAGAUGAGCUGUGAGGGCUGAGCUGUGCUGCUGCUCCUGUACACCCUCCUCACACAGCCAAUGGGAGCGCAGGCCGUACUCAUGCUCUUAUGUUUGUGCUCUGUGGGAGUCACACAUGAAGUGUCUUUUUGUAUCUCAGUAAGAUCUGUAUAUAGUGUUUCCAGACUGCAAGGAUUGCAAUUAAACCUUUUUUAGCAACUGUGCAGGUGGAGUAAUGAAACCGUGGAAUGGUACAUGAAUUAGCUGGUGCCUGUUUUAGGUCCCAUUUCCCUGACCUGUCUAUAUCAUCAACUGACUGUGACUGUGAAUCCACAGUUGCGUCCCACCAGGAGUACAGUUGGUUUAUGUUGACUAGGGUUCCUCAGGGGAACCUCUAUUUUAAUUUUGCCGAAGCACUAACUGACAGAACUGGACUCAAACUGGGGAGAAAACAAAAAUCAAGUGAUUUUUAAGAAAUACAAAAGCAUUCCUCCUUUUUAUAAAUAAAUUUGAUUAAGGAACA